AUGACUUUCACCAGGCGGCUCGCCGUCGUCUUGUUGAUCUCGGGACUGUCUUUGUUUGUUGUGUCACCAUGUAUUGCCACCUCUUUCUCGGCCCCGCUGGAGAUGCGGCAACCCAGACCAAGAUCUAGGAAUUCCACCUCAUCUCGCGGGUUUCCGUCCGUCGUACGACUUGUCGAGUUCGAAAUUGACCCUCUAUCACGCCGCUUUCCAAAGCUCACCGGUUUUCUCGUACGCAAUCGCCUCCGCAGCAGGAUGCCAGUCACGACCCGAUUCCACAAUGUACAGCUCUACGGUGGUAUGGUCGCCGUCGGCGAGUAUUACGCAAAAGUGAAAAUCGGAGGUCAGACAUUGCGCGUUCAGAUUGAUACCGGCUCAGCUACUCUGGCAGUGCCUGUCAAGGAGUGCGAAAAUUGUAAGAGGGGAGACAUGCGCUAUUCUAUUGACGAUUCGAACAGCGGCAUAGCCACUCAGAUUGGUUGUGACGACGAGGCGUGUAGUGAUAAUACUUGUUCUCCGUUUGGCUGCGGGGCCUGCUCAUCCAGUAAGGCUUGCUGCGCGAAAAGCGACCACUCCAAAUGCGCUUUCCAUCUCAAUUUUGGUGAUGGCAGUGGCGCCAAAGGUAUCUUGAUUCGCGAUGAACUUGAGUGGGGUGAUGUCAAGUUCCCUGUCACGUUUGGCGGUAUCAGGAGUGAUUCACCAGACUUUGAGCGAUCCCAGGUUGAUGGCAUCCUCGGCAUGGCCUACCCCACCUUAGCGUGCAACCCGAGCUGCAUUACACCAACUUUUGAAUCGCUGAGAGAAAAGGUUCCUAUGAAAAGCCUCUUCACCAUCUGCAUCACGUAUGACUCGGGCCAGAUUAUUCUCGGAGAUUACGAUCCAGCGCUCAGCACGCAGAAGAUUUCAUGGGUGCCACUGGAAUUGUCAAACCCGCCGAGCUUCUAUUCAUUCCCCCUCGUCGGAAACCUCAAAGUGAACGACCACGAUUUACCCUUGCCCUCAUAUACUAGAGCCAUCGUCGAUUCCGGUACUACACUGAUUGUCUUUUCCCACGCGACGUUUGAAAAGUUCAAGAAGCAUUUGCAGAGCAACUACUGUGAUGUUCCAGGUCUUUGUGGUUCACAGUCGUGGUUCAAGCCCGCACAUUGUACGCGGAUUUCAGACGAGGAUCGCAAAAAGCUGCCUACCCUCAAGUUUGGAGUGAAAGGGUUCGUGAUCACGCUCGAACCGUCGGAGUACCUUAUCAAUUACGCGUCCAAAGGGCGCGAAUUUUGGUGCGUCGGGAUCAUGGCCUUGGAUUCCAUGAGCGGGGGCGUUGAUGUCAUAUUUGGCAACACGGUGAUGAAGAAAUACGUCACAAUCUAUGAUAGGGAAAACAAACGGGUAGGAUUCGCCGAGUCAGAUACGAGCUGCGGAUCCGAUGUACAUAAGAUUAAAGGUCGGCCGGAUGCUCUACCCAUCCCAAAUGCAGACGGGAACGAUGACGCCGAGAAUGUCUCGGAUGAUGACGAGGCUGAGGACGAAGUUACAUCUGGACAAUCACCACCCAAGAAGCCUGAUGCGCUGUCAAAGAACUCACCGGAUAAUGAAUCAAACGGCAAAGUAGGUGCGGGCGCCGCGGGGUCUGGGUCUGUGACUGGCAGUUGUAGCGCAGCAACGGAUUGCGGCACAUGCUCGAGAGUCGCUGGAGUGGACUGCGUCUGGAGAUCAUCGGAUGGGCGAUGUGAGGAGGGCGAGGCUGGUUUGCUCAUGUGCACUGUAGAUAGUUUAGCUGGCAAAUUUGUUUAUGUAGUAGGGGGAGCACUAGUUGCGGUCGUGGUCGUCGUUGCACUUAUUGCUGCGGUGGUGCAUUCAUACCGCAAGCGACAGGGAGCUUCUGUUGGUACUGGUGAAGAACAAGGGGAAGUGGAGCAGCCACUUGCACAAAACGAAGUCGAUACAAGGAGCGCAUUUGCGAUUGAAGAUGAGGACGCACCAAAUCCGCAGUAAAGGGAAAGGGGAAGCUGGUCGUCUAGCCCAUGUUUAUAAGAGAGGCGGCUUCCGAAAUUCUGGGGUUCCUAUAUAAAGACAAAGGAUUUCUGUCUGA